AUGAGUGCACCAAUCACAGUUUCUUAUUCAGGGCGUAGCAGAUUAGGCAUCAACAAGCCAGAUGUACCAUCAGAUCCCAGUAUUAUCACUGACUCGCCUGAUAAGAAAUUCCCUUGCGGUCUGAUGAAUAAGACGACGUGCCCCAACAAUGAUCUCUUUGCCGUGAAUCCUGCGUCACCGAAAUCAGUAGCGCUAUAUGGACACGCUCAAAUUGUCGGGGAUCCUGAACCUGCUUCUGACGCAAAAUCAGAUACACAGCGGUUCUCAUCAAAACGGCGACUAGGCGAUGAAACAGAUCUGGAACUACCCUGCAAACGAAGUAGUAGCGACUCUUUAACAGCAAAAGAUCAUCUGUGUACGCUGUAUUCAUACUUCUCAGAGGCGUCACUUCACGAACGUCUUGAUUUUCUUUCUUGGUUGUUUAGAAGUGAGUUAUCCGAGUCAUUGCUUGCAUCUAGCGUUGAACUUCCCUUCACGCGAGUCAAAACGGCAGAUCAGUGUGCGGAAUCCGCUCGAACACAACACUGCCGACCUCCAGCCACUCCCAACGGCAGACGUGUCACUUCCACUAGGUCCAUAAAUGGCAAAGGGUGGGAACCCGAUGAAAUCAACUUUCUCGUGCAGUUGAAGGAAGCUGGAUUGCCGUGGUCUGUGAUAGCAAAUAGGUUCAGAGAACAAUUCCCGGGAAGGUCUAUAGGCUCAAUUCAGACUUUGAAAGUCACUGUUGUCAUCAGACUCACGGUAGCCGAGGCUCGUGUCCUAGCCUUUGAAAGACCAGAAGCCGCGGGUCAGCGGUACUUGGUCGCCAAUUCAGCGUACAGCUACCAGCAAAUCUGCGAUAUCAUCCGGGAGAAGUUUCCUGAGCUCCAAGGAUCGACACCAAAGGAUACUCUCGGAGAACCUUUCCCUCCAGUCUACAGAUUGGACACAUCUAAGAGUCACGUGUCGCCAGAAAAUUAUUAUUCCGCUCCGAGACAUGGUUUUAUGAAAAACUUCUUGGCUGCUUCUUCAGCUUCAAAACCUACCGGCAUAAUUGACAGAUUUAUUCGCCCCCAUCGAGAGAAUACGCGCCAGCCAGGCUUUUGGAAGCUUGCAAAUGGUGGUAGCGAUGACAAAGCUGGUCUUGAAGAUCAGAUUGAAAGUCAGUCUGUCGAAGGCCUUCGUACUUUUGAAUAUGCUACAUCACAAAGUAGUUCUCUUACUCCGAAUGAUUCAGCUUCACAAAUUCAGUCAUCCACUCUAAUUAAUCCUUUUCUCGAGCCUCCAAAGCCAAAGAGACAGCAAAAAGAAACUUCAUGGCAUAGAAUUCUUGACUUCCAAGAGAUAGAAGACCCUGAUACUGGUGAGAAUCUAGCAUCUAUUGUCUAUAAGGUUCUAUGCGAACUAGACAUUAAAGCUAAGCUUAUUUCCAUUACUAGCGAUAAUGCAAGCAAUAAUUUAGAAAUGGCUGAAAUUCUCCAUAAUUUACUUAAAGCCAAUUAUGAACAAGGCAAUACUCAGCAAAUAAUGAGAUAUCAAGGAGAAGGUAGCUUUAUUUGUUAUCUUAUACAUAUUCUAAAUCUGAUUGUUAAGGAAUUUCUUGCCGUUUUGAAAGCUAGUGAUAUUACAGAAGACUUUCAGAUUAUUGAAGAUUUAGAGAAUAAUCCAUCUCUUGCACAAUCACAAAAAGUUCAGGAGAGGGAGGGAAAGUUCAAGGACUUUGACGCAGAUGUCGCUAAUGCAGCUAAGAGCGCUAUGAGGAAAUAUGACAAGUACUAUACUCUUAUGGAUGAUUCAUGCGAUAUUCUCUAUAUUACAAUGCUCUUGGAUCCUCGGUUUAAGAAACUUGUUCUUGAGCAUGAGUUAUGGGAUGAAGCUCAGGAUAUUAUUACUGCUAUGCAAGAGCAGCUUGAGAUCCAGUAUCCUAUAACUCAUAAGCCUAAAUUUUUUAUAGCUUCAGAAGAACCAGGACCAUCAGUCACGUUGCAAAAUCCGCAUAAGACCAUAGUAUGCAAAGGAAUUGACUGUUGGAUAAUGCUUCGUGAUACGGACCGUAGUUAA